GCGGUAUCCAGGAAGUGGCGUCACUAGCGUCCUUGGAGCAGCAAUAUGGCGCCCAAAGGCAGAAGACGCGGUGUUCUCUCCUCCACCCCUCUUGAAAUCCUCUUCUUCCUAAAUGGUUGGUACUGUGCCUCCUACUUCCUAAUCGAGGCUCUCGUAUUCCUGUAUAAAGGGCUGAUUCUACCUUAUCCCACAUCUAACCUGGUUCUGGAGGUGGUGAUGCUAGUUCUUUAUCUUGGUAUUGAAGUCACACGUUUAUAUCUAGGUUGUCGGGGUAACCUUUGUGAACGGAAGCUGCCCCUGGUGGUGAGUGUGGGUCUCACUGUCCCAGCUGGAAUGAUGGCGUUAUAUUUUCUGCUACUUCAGACGUACGCAUUGCGCCUGGAGACCGUGCUGAGCUGUAUCCUCUUAGUUUUCUACGGCUUGGAGGUCAUACUGAGUGUUACUGCUCUGAUCACGUUCUGCAGAGAUCCAUCCUACUGAGUGUUUGAAGAACAACAGGACGCCCCUCUUGGUCUCCUGAAUAACCCUCCUCUGUUUGCUGUGCAAAUCAUCAGGGUCCUGACAUCUCCAAGACCCUCAUUCACUAUGCUGUGAAGUUUUUUUUUUUGUUUUUUUUUUCCUUUUUCUGCAGCUCUGUGUAAGCCACCAUAGCGUGGCAACUGUCUGUGUGUUUUAGAGGUGAAGAUGUGUUUUUAUUUCACUGCUGUGUAUAUUACUUGUGUACAAAAAAAAUAAAAAAAAAAUAUUUUUUGUAAAAUAAAAAAAAA